AUGCACCUAGAGAUGGCAGUUGAAGGACAUAGCAAGUUCAUGGAUCCCGCGUCGAACGUGUCUAGUAAUCCGUUUCACAAACCGCGCCCUAUCGAGUCGGAGUCCGCCGAGAAGCUUGAGGCGCAGAAGGCCGACUACGAGGCCAGGAUCGCCGACAUGAGCAAAGUGUACCAGGCCAACUUAGAGAACACCAUCAAGGACUACGAGGCCAAGCUCAGCGAAAAGGAGAAACUCCAAGAGAUCGAGAUUGAACGCGUGAGGGACUUCAUCGGGCAUGAUGUCGUCGACAUAAAGAAAAAAUCCGAGACCAAGCUCAACCACCUCGCCGAGAACUACGAGGCCAAGAUUGCCCACUUAGAGAGCGAAUCGCAGUCCAAGCUCGAGAACACCAUCAAGCACUACGAGACCAAGCUCUACGACCAGAGGAAAUCCGAGCUCACGCUCAAGGGCAUACAAACGGACUACAAGACCAAUAUUGCAGAGAUGGAGGAAUAUAAUGCCAAGCUUUGUCACUCUAUCAGCGAGCACAAGACCAGGGAGAGCGAUAUGAAAAAGCAGUACGAAACCAAGCUUAACGACGAAAAGAAACACUGCGACUGGCUGCUCAAAGAAAUAAAGGGUGAAAAGAACUAUGAGAUCCAAAUCGACACGAUCAAGAAGGAACACGCACUAGAGUCUGAAGCCGCGCAGGAGGACUACGAGGCCGACCUCGACAGGCUCAAUCAGAGCUCUGCGAUUCUGCAACGUGCUUUCGCCGACCAGAGCUUGGAACUUGCAGCGCUCAAGGAGACAAAGACCAAGGAAGCCGACUUCCUCAGCAAGUCUGCCCAGCCAGACGCGGAAGCAAAAGAUGCAGGCCUGCUCGCUGACAAGAAGCCGGAUACCAAUGACAAGAAGCCCGAGAUCGACGCCCUCAAAGGCACUAUCGACGCCCUCAAGGACACCGUCAGUAUACAAAUGGUAGCCGCAGAAGAUCUCCGCGAGACUGUCAAGGACCUCCGAGAGCGCAAUGCAAAGCUCGAAGCAGAGCUUCAGAAGAAGUAG